GACGUUGGGAGUUGCUCUUGCGGUAUGUUAGCAUCACAUGACUGCUACCAUGGGUCACGUGACAUUGUUUUGGAUUAGCCGUUGUUUGCCGCAGACUCUGGAGUAGUAGUAACGUUUGAAAUGGCAAGAAACGAAGAGAAACAACAAGGGAAAUUGAACAGACUAUGGCUUCAGAAAGAGAGAGAGGAGGGACGCCUCAAAGAUGUCCACGAGCGGAGACCCAAGCUGUCUACUCUUAAUUCAACUUCCUCUGUGAAAAAGUGGAUCCCCGGCAUCAAGAAGGAAAUAGAGUAUUAUUUGCAACAAUCCCAGCUGUCUCAUUACCCAGAGAGGAAGAUAGCCGAGUUCCAGCUGCACAUCGAGGCUUUAGAAAACGAGUACAAACGCUUCAUUGCCAAACUACGAGUUCUGGACCCCACCUGCAAACAUAAGCCAUGGACUCCUCGAGCAUACUGCAAACGAAGAGCGGAGACACAGGACUCUCCAAGUAUCGUUAAGAACCCUCGGACCUGCGAGUCAUAUGAUGGUAGCAGUCAGUUGAGUGGAGGUGAGAGCGACUUGGCCCGCAGUAGGACAGGAUGUCACAAAACCUCAGCCCCUGAGAGACGUUCAGCGACCAGCUGUCCCACCCCUGUCCCCACCAAGCCAAACUCCGAAACCUCAGGGGCCGUCUGUGCUGACCAGGACCAGCCCCUCUCCUUCGACCAUACAAGGCUGGCGGUGAGCACUGCUGCGUUCAGAGGAGCGUCAUUUCAGCGAGGCUCCUCUGAAACACAGAGCCUAGCCAGAGUGCUGCAGUCUGGCCUGCCAAACCUCGUCAACGCUUCGUUAAGGCAAACAUAUUCAACCCAGAGCAGAGACGCACAGAAUGAUAGCGGUGCAACCACGGGAUCUGUUGUUGGACAGAAAAGUGCCGUCCGAGACUUUAAGUCAGACUGUGAAGCAGAAGAAAGGAUACCUGGGAAAUCCUCCAUACCUGGGACAACACAGGAGAGGACGGGUCAUGUACUGGGACUAGAUUGUUACUCUUCUUCUGAUGAAGAGUGCGACACGUAAUGAUCAUGACAUUUUACAAUGAAGAAUUUUAUGGAACAUCUUGAGUGCUCUGUUCAUUCAAAAGCUUCCUUUGGUGGCUCAUAUGCACAAAAAUCUAAGAUGUUGUGAUAGGUUGUAGCUAAAUUGAAUUGAAAAUGACUAGGACUACAUCACGCCGAUACCUAGACAUGUCAUUGGUAAACAGACAAUCUGAAUAUUAAAGCCCCGCUCACAGCACCUGCUGCGUAAGGGAAAAGGUAUGUUUGCAUGACGAGUAAUGUCAUUCAUUUCAGCAUUCUCUGUAAUUGUCAGGUAAUACUGAAUAUAGGUUAUCAGUCAUCAUGACCACAAGCAUCUCCAUUAUGCAACAGAAAGCAGAACGGCUGUGAGAAACCGACGUAAUAGACAGAUACUUGCUGACUCAGUGAUUCAUUUUAGUCUCAUUGCCUGAUUAUACUAACUGGAGAAGCAGUACUGAGCACGACCUGGUUAGACCCCCACAACGCCACCCUCCCACUAUAACCCACUCUGCAGAUGCUGCGAGGACCGCAUGACACUUCUGGGAAACAGGCACAGCAGCUGAGAGAGUGCAGACACCCUGCACAGUUUAUGGUUUAGUUUGACGUGGUUACCCUUUUAGUUGGAGCUCUGUAUGCACCCUGCAAGGCGGGUUUCCCUUUGUCUCUGCAGGAGCAUGGAGAAAGGAAAUGAAAGGACCGUGGACAGGGCAGAGGCCUCCAAGCUUCCUGUGCGUGUACCAAAAUACACACAAAACAAAGACUAAGUUAGACAAUACAGCAUAUCAGACUGGCUUAGCUUUACAAUUGAUGCAACUUAUAACAAAGCAGUUUAACAAAGUGUUAGGUAAAGUGUAGGCCCCCUGCUUUGCACUGCAGUAGGUCUGCACUAUUAAUAAUCAAAUUAACAGUAAAUAACUUAUUUUUUUUAAUUUAUUUUUAAAUGACUUUGAUUCUCAUUUAAUUUUACGAGCCGACUGCAUCAGAAACGCUACUGCUUUCUUCUGUGAGUGAAACAUAGACUGUUAACUGUAAAAUAGGUUAUAAAGCGCUGCAAUGCCCCCCCGCCCUUCUCUUCAUUGAGGCCUAUAUGGUUACGGGCUUGUGGUGAUGCGCAAUGUGCUAUAGGUGCCAAAAAAAAAUCUAUGUUUGGUACUACCCAUUUGUUUUUUUGUCACGGUUCAUGUGUGCAAUAAGCAUUACACUUUGUGAGAAAAAAAUAUUGUGAUAUCAAUUCUAAGCUAAAAAAUCGUGAUUCAUAUUUCCCCCCCCCCGAAUCGUGCAGGCCUAACUGCAAGGCUACUAAUUGCUGGCAAUGAAAUCCAUCUAUGAAGUCAAACGGAUUUCUUAAAAAAUCACCAAAGCCACCGUUAACGGUUGCAACCACAAUGAAGGAGCAGUGUGAUCGUUCUGCAUCCUAAGUACCAAACCUAUAAAGUGGCAGAAAGACCACAAUGGUAUUAACUCCUCACCGAGCAGAGAGGAAAGGGCUGUGUGCGUAACUUUCCUGUAAGUUCAUCUCUGAGGUAUUGCUUGGGGUUAAUUCUCACCCUCAGUGAAGUAUCGCUGUCUCUCGCUACCAGCUUCUCACAUGCAGGAAAGCCAAUGCAGAGACAUAUGGCCUUUUCAUGUGGCAGCAGCAUCUUCCCACCAAUAAUACGCUUUGUUCUACUGAAACUGCUGUAUCACUGUUUACGUACACACAGUGUCUCAUAAAGACUGCUACAACUUUAAUAAUAAUUAAUACUAAUGCACUUUUAAACGCGUUGAAUACCAAAGAUAAAUAUUCAGGACGUGGUUUAGAUGUGAAAAAGUGCA